AAACAAUGUGGAGUCGGGGGCUCGUGUUCAGUCGUGAUUUUCCUAACGUUUCUUCCAUCCCUGCCAGGUUCUUACCCCUCUCCCAAGGCUGGCGCCACGCUGGUGGUCUACAAGGAUUUGCUGGUGCUCUUUGGGGGRUGGACCCGGCCCAGCCCGUACCCCCUGCACCAGCCCGAGAGAUUCUUCGAUGAGAUCCACACGUACUCUCCCUCCAAAAACUGGUGGAACUGCAUCAUGACCACRCACGGUCCCCCUCCCAUGGCAGGGCACUCCUCCUGUGUCAUCGAAGACAAAAUGAUUGUUUUUGGGGGCUCCCUCGGAUCCCGGCAGAUGAGCAACGAYGUCUGGGUGCUGGAUCUGGAGCAGUGGGCUUGGUCCAAGCCCAGCAUCUCAGGGCCCAGCCCUCACCCGCGCGGGGGCCAGUCCCAGAUCGUGAUAGACAACGAGACCAUUCUCAUCCUCGGAGGCUGCGGUGGCCCAAACGCACUGUUCAAAGACGCCUGGCUGCUGCACAUGCAGGCCAACCCCUGGACGUGGCAGGCACUCAAGGUGGAGAACGAGGACCACGGAGCGCCGGAGCUGUGGUGCCACCCCGCGUGCAGGGUGGGACAGUGCGUCGUGGUCUUCAGCCAAGCCCCAAGUGGGAGAGCCCCGCUGAGCCCCAGCCUGAACUCGCGGCCGUCGCCCAUCAGCGCCACGCCGCCCGCCCUGGUGCCCGAAACGCGCGAGUACCGCUCCCAGUCUCCGGUCAGGACCACGGACGAGGCUCCCUGUGUCAACGGCCGCUGGGGCACGCUGCGGCCCCGCAGGCAGACGCCGUCGGGCUCCCGGGAGGGCAGCCUGUCCCCAGCCAGAGGGGACGGCUCCCCCGUGCUCAACGGUGGCACCGUGUCACCUGGAGCGGUGCUGGCCGGCGGGGCCUCCCUGGACAGCCCYGUGCAGGCCCUGUCCCCUGGCACCCCCUCGGCCGCUGAGGGCUUCGACCUCAAGGUGGGGCCRGCCCUGGUGCCACGCCGGGGCUCGCUGCCUGAGCACAAGGACCUGCGCCUGGCCUCGGUCGAGCUGAGCUGGGAGCAGAAGCCCACGUCCCUCCCGUGCCAGCUGGACGGCGCAGAGGGCGGGCCGGGCACACGGAACCCCCCGGAGCACACCAAUGGCGUCCACACGCCGCCCCAUGCCGCCACCGCCCUGCCGGGGGCCGUGUCCCCUGGCGCGCUCCGCCGCAGCCUCGAGGCCAUCAAAGCCCUCUCCUCCAAAGCUGCCUCGGCCUCGGCAGCGCUCAGCCCUCCCCCGGCGUCGUCRCCGGGCUCCCCGAGCAGCGAGCCGGGCUCAGCACGGCCGGGCACCACCCAGGCMGAGGGGCACUCUCUGCCACCCAUCGCCCGGCGCCUCGGGCACCACCCACCACAGUCGCUGAACGUGGGCAAGCCGCUGUACCAGAGCAUGAACUGCAAGCCCAUGCAGAUGUACGUGCUGGACAUUAAGGACACCAAGGAGCGGGGCCGCGUCAAGUGGAAAGUGUUCAGCAGCAGCUGCGUGGUGGGGCCGCCCGAGACCAGUCUACACACAGUGGUGCAAGGCCGGGGCGAGCUCAUCAUAUUCGGUGGCCUCAUGGACAAGAAACAAAACGUCAAAUAUUACCCCAAAACGAAUGCCUUGUACUUUGUGCGAGCAAAGAGAUAAUGAGUCCCUUGCCCGCCGCCUCCAUCCCCUCYGUCCCYGCAGCCCCUCCUCCUUCCCAAGCCCUCUUCCCAACAUGCAGGCGUUCAAACUGUGAAUUAGGGAGCAGGAAACCAAUAAAAGUCCAAGCAAACCCUCYGACACUGCCCCAACAGUUCCCAGCGAGAGCCCAGUUCAGUGAGUCGUGUUUACAGGCGGGGAAGGACCCAUGGAUCAGAGGAUUUGGGAUGAGCACCYGGGCCAUUCUGCCAGCCAUGAUCCUCUUGGGUUCCUUUCUCAAGCGUUUGCGAGUUUUGCUCUCUCUCAGACUCCUCGUGGGUUGAGAGCACAAGUGGUUUUAUAGGAAUAACCCCAAUUCCAGCAGGCAGGAGGUUGUUAGCUUGAUUGAUUCCAUGCUUGACUCCGUCAGGAAAACAACAGCAAUAUCCCACUGGGAAUCUCCCAGUGCUGCCAACCUUUGCUCAACACAAACGUGAUGCCUUUUUGUUUUUGCCUCUCACCUGCCGCUCUCRUCCCUGUCCUCCAGGCAGGACCAGAAGAAGGAAGAAAGGACUUUUUUUUGAGUCAAAAUGCCAAAAAUCUUGAUUGUUAGCAUCCCUCCCUCUCCCUGCCCUGCUGGAUCAGGCUUCAGGAUCAGUUCUGAUCCYAUCUGAUCAGCAAAAAUACUCUGCAAAUCCCAUUAUUCCCCYAAAAGUGAGAUAUUUGGCUGCCAACUCCCUUCUAGAAUUAAAGGUUUCAUUUCACUCAAUGGCCCAAACCCAUUCAAGGCCAGAGCAGCCUCUUGGAGCCUGGGAACAGGGUAGGUUUCCAGGGAAAAGGAUGGAUAUCGGUAAAUUCAAGGGCAGCCUCGAUGCAGUAACUUCACCUCAUCUUUGCACGUGCCUCCUUCUGCAAAGAUUAAACCCAAAUCCGAAGGGAUUGAACCUGUGCGUCCUUCGUUUCCCUUCAAAAGGGGGAAAACCAGGGUGGAUUCUGCCAGGUUUUGGUCAACAGCCUCAAGCACCCUCAAAGCAGGGAACCCUCCCCAAGCCGGCAGCGCCAUGACGUGGUCCCUUCAUCCCUGGUUUCUGUUUUUCUUCAUUCCCACUGAGCUUUUUGCCGGUCGGAGCCUUAAAUCCCAUCCCAGCCGCGUGGGGACGGGGAGGGAUUUGCUUCACYCGCGGCAAUUCCACUUCUGUAAAUAAAAAUUCCACCCUCGUUGAAUCCAACCUCUCCCGUUCAUCCCGUGAUUUGUCCUAAGGGAAAGCAAAAUGCAGUUUUUCCCCCCCAAAAAAAACCCUCAAACCUCAGGAGCACCUUGGGUGAGCUGUGGAAUAUUCCUUCUCCGAGCUCGGCUGCAGGGAAGCCAGUCGAGGCUCGGGCAUAGAUUCCCACAUCCCCUUUGCAUGUUUUUUGCCACCCAUCCCAAAAAAAGGAGUCAGAAUGGGGUGGGUGGCGCCUCGAUGUCCUCCUCCCUCCGGAGCAACCCUCCAGGGCUGUUCUCCCAACGUUUACAUCCUCAGCCGCUCCGGGAUCCCAGUGAGGGGCUGAGCCCUCCUUCYGCUCGGGAAACGCAUGUUCUGUGCCGUUAAUGACAGAUUGGCCCCAAAUUCCCGUCCCUGCCCCCCAAAUGGCGCGGGAGCCGCUGGUGCUGUGAGCGAGGUGUCCCCCCCCGCGACUCAGGUGUCCCCCUGCCAUCAUUCCCGGGCCCAGCGCAGGAAUGGCGAGCGAUUCCGGUGAUAUUUAAAAACUUGUGUACAUUUUUGGGGGGUUUGUGGGGGUCCUUCCCCCCUCCCGUCCCGACGAAUUUUUAGUGGUUUAACAAAUAAAAAGGAAAAG